CGGGGCUGCGGGACCGGCGCCGCCGCUGCAGCGAUCAUCGGCGGAGCGGAGCCCGGCGGGGCCGAGGUGCUGGACAUGGACACAGAGGAUGACCCAUUGUUACAGGAUGCCUGGCCAGAGGAGGAAGAUGAAGAGGUGGCCUUCAGCUCCCGGAAGAGGCGCGAGGGUGCUCUGCUGUGUGGGAAGAGCCCGUGCAGAGUCAGGCCCCUGUGUGUCACACUGCCUAUGUCUGGCUUCUGGAAUAUUGUUGGCUGGGUGUUCACCAACCCGUACUGUGCUGGCUUCAUCCUUUUCCUGGGCUGUGCCAUCCCUGCCGUGCUUGCUGUCGUCAUGUUCCUCCACUACCCCGCCCUGGACAUCGACAUCUCCUACAACGCUUUCGAGAUCCGCAACCACGAGUCCUCGCAGCGCUUCGACGCCCUCGCCUUGGCCCUCAAAUCCCAGUUUGGCUCCUGGGGGAGGAACCGCCGGGACCUGGCUGACUUUACCUCAGAAACGCUGCAGAGGCUCAUCUUUGAGCAGCUCCAGCAGCUCCACCUCAACGCGUCCCACCUUGGUGUCGGCACACGGGUGAGGCGCAGCCCCGCACAGGGCAGGGGGAGCUCCCUGCAGCCACAGCCCUAUCCAAGCACAGCAAACCAGAGCUCCAGAGUGGGGAGGGGAGCCCCGCGCUGGGACUACUCCAGCAGCUACAUCAGUGCUAACACACAGACUCAUGCUCACUGGCGCAUUGAGCUCAUUUUCCUGGCUCGGGGCGACGCUGAGAACAACAUCUUCACCACGGAGCGCCUGGUCACCAUCCACGAGGUGGAGCGCAAGAUCAUGGACCACCCUCGCUUCCGUGAAUUCUGCUGGAAGCCACAUGAGGUCCUGAAGGACCUGCCCCUGGGCUCUUACUCCUACUGCUCCCCUCCCAGCUCCCUCAUGACCUACUUCUUCCCCACGGAGAGAGGAGGGAAGAUUUACUAUGAUGGCAUGGGGCAAGACCUUGCUGACAUCCAAGGAUCCCUGGAGCUGGCCAUGACCCACCCUGAAUUCUACUGGUAUGUGGACGAGGGCCUGUCUGCUGAGAACAAGAAGAGCUCCCUGCUGAGGAGCGAGAUCCUCUUUGGGGCCCCGCUGCCCAACUACUACUCAGUGGAGGAUCGCUGGGAGGAGCAGCGCCGCAAGUUCCAGAACUUUGUCAUCACCUAUGUGGCCAUGCUGGCCAAGCAGUCCACGAGCAAAGUCCAGGUGCUGUACGGAGGGACGGAUUUGUUUGACUACGAAGUGAGGAGGACUUUCAACAAUGACAUGUUGCUGGCCUUCAUCAGCAGUAGCUGCAUAGCUGUCCUGGUCUACAUCCUCACCUCCUGCUCAGUGUUUCUGUCAUUCUUUGGCAUUGCCAGCAUUGGCCUGAGCUGCCUGGUGGCUCUGUUCCUGUACCACGUCGUGUUUGGGAUCCAGUAUCUGGGUAUCCUCAAUGGUGUGGCUGCCUUUGUCAUCGUGGGGAUUGGAGUUGAUGAUGUCUUUGUUUUCAUCAACACCUACCGCCAAGCCACGCACCUCAAGGACCUGCGGCUGCGCAUGAUCCACACUGUGCAGACAGCAGGGAAAGCCACCUUCUUCACCUCCCUGACCACAGCUGCAGCAUAUGCUGCCAACAUCUUCUCUCAGAUCCCAGCUGUGCAUGACUUUGGACUCUUCAUGUCCCUGAUUGUGUCCUGCUGCUGGGUAGCUGUGCUCUUCACCAUGCCAGCUGCUCUUGGAAUAUGGACCCUCUAUGUGUCCCCACUAGAGAGCUCCUGCCAAGCCAGCUGCAGUCAGAAGUGCACCAAAAAGAGUGCCUUGCACCUGGCUGAAGAUCUCUUCAUUGCCUCAGCAGCCCCCUCCAGAGCAGGCAGAGAGACCCUUCCCUACCUGGAUGAUGACAUCCCGCUGCUCAGCGUGGAGGAGGAGCCUGUCUCCCUGGAAAUGGGGGAUGUCCCCUUGGUGUCUGUGAUGCCAGAAAAUCUGCAGCUCUCUGCAGAGAAGAGCAGCCAGGGUCACUUGAUAACUCAUCUGCAGGAGCUGCUGGAGCACUGGGUGCUGUGGUCUGCAGUGAAGAGCAGAUGGGUGAUUGUGGGGCUCUUUCUCCUGGUCUUGCUGCUGUCCAUAUUCUUUGCCAGCCGCCUCCAGCCAGCCAGCCGUGCUCCAGUCCUGUUCCGGCCAGACACCAACAUCCAGGUGCUGCUGGAUCUGAAAUACAACCUGAGUGCUGAGGGGAUCUCCUGCAUCACCUGCUCAGGUUUGUUUCAGGAAAAGCCCCACAGUUUGCAGAACAACAUCCGAACUUCCUUGGAAAAAAAGAAGAGGGGCUCGGGUUCACCUUGGGGAAGCAAAGGCAGCAUGAGUGAUGCAGGGCAGCAAGAGCUGCAGGGGACUGUGUAUAUCUCCAAGUCCAGGAGCAAGGGAAGACCAGCUAUCUACAGAUUCUCACUCAACGCCAGCGUCCCUGCGCCCUGGCAGAUGGUGUCACCAGGAGAUGGGGAGGUGCCUUCAUUCCAGGUGUAUAGAGUGCCUUUCGGUAACUUCACCAGGAAGCUGACAGCUUGUGUGUCCACAGUAGGGCUGCUUAAGCAGAUGAGCCCCAGGAAGUGGAUGAUGACCACCUUGUCCUGUGACACCAAGAGGGGCUGGAAGUUCGAUUUCAGUUUCUACGUGGCCUCCAAGGAGCAGCAGCGAACACGGAAACUGUAUUUUGCCCAGUCCCACAAGCCCCCUUACCACGGCCGAGUGUGUGUGGCACCUCCAGGCUGUCUGCUCAGCUCCAGCCCAGAUGGACCCACCAAAGGCAUCCUCUAUGUCCCCAGUGAAAAAGCUCCCAAAGCAAAGCUGUCAGCCACAUCUGGAUUUAACCCCUGCAUGAACACAGGCUGUGGGAAGCCAGCAGUGAGGCCACUGGUGGACACUGGAGCCAUGGUGUUUGUGGUGUUUGGGAUCAGAGGCGUGAACCGCACCAGGCGCCAGGACAACCACGUCCUCGGAGACAUGGGCAGUGUUAUCUACGAUGACAGCUUUGACCUCUUCAAAGAGAUUGGCAACCUGUGCCGCCUCUGCAAAGCCAUUGCCAGCAACUCUGAGCUGGUGAAGCCCGGAGGGGCUCAGUGCCUGCCCUCGGGUUACAGCAUCUCCUCCUUUCUGCAGAUGUUGCACCCAGAGUGCAAGAAUAUCCCUGAGCCCAACCUGCUGCCAGGGCAGCUCUCUCAUGGGGCAGUGGGGGUGAAGGAUGGCAAGGUGCAGUGGAUCUCCAUGGCCUUUGAGUCGACAACCUACAAGGGGAAAUCAUCCUUCCAGACAUAUGCUGACUAUCUGAAGUGGGAGACAUUCCUGCAGCAGCAGCUCCAGCUCUUCCCAGAGGGCUCUGCCCUCCGGCACGGCUUCCAGACCUGUGAGCACUGGAAGCAGAUUUUCAUGGAGAUUAUAGGAGUGCAGAGUGCCCUCUAUGGCCUUGUCCUCUCGCUGGUCAUCUGUGUGGCUGCUGUGGCAGUGUUCACCACACACAUCCUCCUCCUGCUGCCAGUGCUGCUCAGCAUCCUAGGGGUUGUGUGCCUGGUGGUGACCAUCAUGUACUGGUGUGGCUGGGAGAUGGGAGCUGUGGAAGCCAUCUCCCUCUCCAUCCUCGUGGGCUCCUCUGUUGAUUACUGUGUGCACCUGGUGGAGGGAUACCUGCUGGCAGGGGAGAACCUGCCUCUGCAGCAGGCUGAGGACCCCACGGCGUGCCGGCAGUGGAGGACAAUGGAAGCCGUGCGCCGCGUUGGGGUGGCCAUCGUCUCCAGCGCCACCACCACGCUGAUUGCCACCGUCCCGCUGUUCUUCUGCAUCAUUGCCCCCUUCGCCAAGUUUGGGAAGAUCGUGGCCCUCAACACGGCGGUGUCCAUCCUGUACACGCUGACUGUGAGCACGGCCCUGCUGAGCACCAUGGCGCCCGGCACCUUCACGCGCAGCAGCACCUCCUGCCUCAAGGCUCUGCUGGCCGUGCUCCUGGCUGGCCUGCUGGCUCUCUGCCUCUGCCUUGCCCUGCUCAAGAGUGGCUUUAAGAUCCCCCUCCCCAACGGGACAGCCCUCUAGACCCGGUGGGACAGCCCUGUAUGACCCAAUGGGACGGCCCUCUAGACGCCAGGCCGAGAGAGCCGCGUCGCUCCUUUUCGUUUUUUCUUUUCUUUUUAAAGAAUAUUUUUUGUAAGGAAAACAAAGAGGAAAAAAAAAAAAGAGUCCCCUUUUUCAUGAAGUUUUUCAAUUGCAGAUGCGCUUUAUUUUCUCAUGAGUUUUGCUCGAAACUUGUAUUUAUUUUAGGUAGUGAUGGAUGGGUGAUGAAAAGUGAGGGCUGCCCAGAGAAUACCUCAGCCCGUGAAGAGGAGAGGAGGAGCUUUCCUCCUCUCAGUUUUCUUUCUGCUUUCUUUUUUUCUUUUCUUUUAAUUUAUUUUUAUCAAACAGGGCUUUCUGGACCCACAAGGCUAAAAUGGGAGAAUUUGGGAAGGUCUUUCAAAAAUCCUUCCCUCUGUCCUUCCCCUCCCUUGUCCAGAGUCAGAAUUGCAAGGAUGACUCUUGGGUGAUGUCCUACUCCCACACCAAGCCUGUGCCUCCUUAUCUGAGCCUCCAAAACCAGCAGUGAGCUGUUGGACAGGCCUGGGGACAACAUUAUCUGGAUCCCUUUGCCAGGCCCUGUAUCCAUGCCAGACCAGCAGUGAACUUGCUGCACUUCUGAGCGUCACUUUGGGAUCCAAACCAGAGCUGUUGGGUGGCACCACCUGCAGUGGCCCUGUUUUCAGGGUGGUGGGAUACAAAGCAUUCCCCUUCCUGCUGGGGAGACUUUGUGCUGGGAUCUCAUGUGUCUGCCAGCAGCCAUCAGGAAGCAGAUGGUGCCCUCAGCAGCCUGCUCUCCUCUCCCUCAUCCCAGUAGUGAGGUCAAGGCAUUUCAAUGCCCAGUCCCGCCGUGUCACCUCACCAGUCACUGAUCUGCUCUUCCUGGUGGGGAGAAAAGAGAGCCCUGGGUUCCCUGCAGAGCUCUUUGGUCACAGCAGUCAGCUCUUGGCUGAGGACAAGGCAGAGCCCAUUCCUGGUGGUGUGCACAGCAUCCUCUGUGACAUCCUCCUCAGUGGAGACCCACGGGCACCAGAGCUGCAGCUGCUGUCUGCUCUGAGCAGAUGGUUGGUAUUAAACUGAAAUGAAAUCACAAACUGCUGCCAUUAACAAGUGCAUUUUAAGCAUCACUGGUUCUCUCGUAUUUUUAAAAUUGAAAUAGCUAAGUGUGCAUUAAUGCACAGCACAUCUGAUGCUUGGCAGGAGGGGAGGGUCAGGCCCACUGGGAGAUGCAUUACCCAUUAUUUACAAGGGUGCCUGCAGAAUAAUGUGGCCAGGAAGCAGCCUAACUCAAUUUCUUUGCAGAUUUCAUGUCCUGGUGGCUUUGUGUUCUCUUUUUAAGAUGAAACUUCCAGGAAGUCCAACCCCGUUGCCAGCCAGUUUGUGGGGCCUGCACUGCUGAGAGACUGAGCUGCUUCUCCUUGGCUCAGGGCAUCCCUGCUUUGAUCCCUGCCAGUCUUACACCUUCACAUUGUCAUCCCUGUGAAACUGGGUCAAAUACUUGUUUCUAAAGUAGGUUCCCCAAGGUGUCCCCAAGCUGGAGAGAGGAGUUCUGAUUGUUUCCAGUUGGACUCCAGAGUAAUCCUGCUACAGGCAGUGAGGGUAGUGAGAAUGUGAGUAGAGCAGAAUGUGAGUGUCCUGGUUUCUCCUUGAUAUCCCGUGGAGCUUCUGAGUUACCCCUUUCUGCAAAGUGCGAAAUGUUUUCUUGGCACCUACCUCUAAUCUGCACCAGCUCCUUCAUAAUGAACCCUGUGCCCGUGAGUAAAUGGUUCUGUCUUGUAUUUGCUGGGAAUGCCCCAACAAAGUCAGGAAUGGUGCAUCUGACUCCAUGUUCUCAGAAGGCUAAUUUACUAUUUUAUUAUACUAUAUUAUAUUAAAGAAUACUGUACUAUACUAUACUAAAGAAUACAGAAAGGAUACUUACAGAAGGCUAAAAGAUAAUAAUGAAAACUCGUGACUCUUUCCAGAGUCCUGACAUAGCUUGGCCCCAAUUGGCCAAUGAGUCAAAACAACUCACAGCAGAAUCCAAUGUAACAAUCACCUGUGGGUAAACAAUCUCCAAACACAUUCCACAUGUGAGCACAACACAGGAGAAGCAAAUGAGAUAAGAAUUGUUUUCCUUUUCUCUGAGGCUUCUCACCUUCCCAGGAGAAAAAUCCUGGGUAAAAGGAAUUUUUCAGAGAAUGUGAAUGCCACAGUUCUGGAAAUGAUUUGUGGCUAUCCUCAAGCUGUGCUGCUCUGAUGGAUGCUGUGAACAGUUUAGCCCCAUCCUUGCUCUGUAAGCCAUGCUGUUCCCUGUG